AUGUUGCAGUCUUCUGGAAAGGUCAAGGCCGGCGCUCUCUGGUCCAAGAACAAGGACGAGCUCACCAAGCAGCUCGGUGAGCUGAAGACUGAGUUGGGUCAGCUUCGCAUCCAGAAGAUCGUCUCUUCUGGCACCAAGCUCAACAAGAUCCACGACCUCCGCAAGUCGAUCGCUCGUGUCCUCACCAUCAUCAACGCCAAGCAGAGGGCUCAGCUCCGUCUCUUCUACAAGAACAAGAAGUACCUCCCUCUUGACCUCCGCGCCAAGCAGACCCGCGCCAUCCGCCGCCGUCUUUCCAAGGAGGACGCUUCCCGCACUCUUGAGAAGACUAAGAAGCGCGCCACCCACUUCCCCCUCCGCAAGUUCGCCGUCAAGGCCGCUUAA